CACGCGUCCUUCUCCUCCCGCCACCGCACAACCUCAAGUUCAGUAGCAAGAUGUCGACCCGAGGCCGCUCAACCUCCCCGCAUCCGCUGCACGAUGAGGACGUUGAGAUGGACAAUGGAAAUGGCUUUGACAAGCCACACGCCAAGGUAGUCGUAGUCACCAAUCUCACCCGUAAUGUCGUCGAGGCACACCUCCGCACAAUAUUUGGGUUCUACGGGGAUAUCACUAAAAUCGACCUGCCGGUGUUCGGAAAAUCUGGACAGAACCGUGGAAAGGCAGCGGUCGAAUACGCAGACACCGCCUCUGCGCAUAGGGCCGCCUCGCACAUGGACGGCGGCCAACUGGACGGCGCAAUCCUCAAGGUCGAGCUUUCUGAUUUGCCCGUUCGUUCACGAUCGCGUUCGCCGCGCCCUCCUCCACGACCGCGUUAUGGACGCGACCGCCCCCGUUCUUUCUCUCGAACACCAUCACGCUCUCGAUCCCCGCCACGACGCUACGGACGCGACGCUGGUCGCUUCCGCGACAGCUACCGGGGCAGGCCAUUUGCCCGCCGCGGCCCACCUCCCAGAGACACUUAUCGUCCACCCUCGCGGUCCCGCUCUCGUUCCCCCAUCCGCAGAGUCGAUCGCUUAGUGCCGAGAAGGCGGUCACCUAGCUACGAGCGUGGCGGCACAGGGUAUCGUCGCGGCCGAACUCGCUCGGCGAGCUAUUCCGUGCGGUCAAGCCGUUCCCGCACGAGGUCUCUUACACCCCGGUCUCGAUCGCGUUCUGCAUCUUACUCGUCCUACUCGCGGUACUCUCGAAGCAGGACCCGUUCUCGCACGCCUAGCCCACGAAGGAGAAGCCGGAGCCGCGAUGAUAUCAGGGACAGCAGGUCUCGCUCUCCAAGGGACUAGUAUUCUUCGACAUUCGUUCUCGUUUGUUCACCUGCGAAAGAUUGCUUUCCGUGCUCCAAAAAUGCUUUGUGUACCAGGGACUAUUCGUUCACCAU